GCCAGCGACUACAUUUCUGUCCCACGCCAUUGUCAACCUGCACCGCGUCCAUCGUCCUCAGCUAGCACAUAUUCCGCUUUAUCAGCUCUCCUCUUCUCACACCAUUCGGCACAAUGGCACCGAUACAGGACGCCUCGGUCGAUGACCUCAAGCACAAGGUCUCGACUCUCGAAGCGCGCAUCGCGGAGCUCGAGAGCAGACUGGGAGGCGGCCAGAGCAGUGCGCCCCAGGCCCAGGAUGGUGUGCGCAUGAUUUUGAUGGGUCCUCCGGGAGCUGGAAAGGGCACCCAGGCUCCCCGUCUCAAGGACAAGUUCUGCGUCUGCCAUCUCGCCACCGGAGACAUGCUGCGGGCACAGGUCGCAAAGAAGACGCCGCUCGGACGGGAAGCAAAGAAGAUCAUGGAUGCCGGCGGCCUCGUGAGCGACGAGAUCAUGGUCAACAUGAUCAAGAGCGAGCUGGAGAACAACCAGGAGUGCAAGAACGGCUUCAUUCUCGAUGGCUUCCCGCGAACAGUUACUCAGGCCGAGAAGCUCGACGAUAUGCUUACCGCCAGCAAGAAGCCGCUCGAGCACGCCGUGGAGCUCCAGAUCGACGACUCGCUCCUCGUCGCACGCAUUACCGGCCGCCUGGUCCACCCUGCGUCUGGCCGCUCCUACCACAAGAUCUUCAACCCGCCCAAGAGCGAGAUGAAGGAUGAUGUCACCGGCGAGCCGCUCAUCCAGCGCUCCGACGACAACGCAGACACACUCAAGAAGCGCCUCGGCACGUACCACGCGCAGACUGCGCCCGUCGUUUCAUACUACCAGAAGACGGGCAUCUGGACGCCCAUUGACGCCAGCCAGGAGCCGGGACAGGUCUGGAAGAGCUUGUUGAAGGUCGUCGACAACAAAGCGACCAUUAGCGGACGCACCGGCAGCCUGCUCAACAAGAUCGGCCUUAAGAAUUAGUUUCCCCACGCUUUCGUGAUAAGGCGGGGCGGAUGCACGAAAGGACGAGAACGUCUUCCUCAAGAGAGCGUUCCGACGAUUUGAUGGCUCUGUUUGGAACUGCAUGGCUCGACACUUAAGAAAUGUCUUUGGCUUAGGCGAAGAAGCAGACGAUGGUUGCACAUAGGUGAUGGUACUGUUACCCCGGUUUCCCUGUACUUGUAAAGAUGAGCUUUUCUUGGUCAGGCUCGCGAUGAGACGAGAGGCCUAGGUUCUGUAUGGUAGCUAGCGUUUUGAUCUCUUCCGCGGUGUCUUGGUGUUUGAUCAAGAAGGUGCGGAAGGCGAAAAGUGCAUGAAUGAUACUCAACCUGCGGCUCGCUCAUCCGUGCUAUACAGAACCGCUCCUACUCUGCUG